GUAUGAUACGCGUCUCUCCACCAUUCUGUGCCCCCUCAAUUCACAACUAUACUCGAUCCCCCUACAAACAGAAACAAAAACAAGGCCCAUCCUUCCUCCAAGCAUCGAAGCCGCAGCAAUUCUCUCCCUAAAUUCGCCAUGUCAUCGUUAGCAGAUGCAGUUCUAUCCUCAGAUCUACCAGAUCCUGCUCCCCGCUCUCGUCCCCGAGAUAACCCUACACCUUCCUCAGUCAGGUUCUCAUCCAGUGCCCCCGGGCCACCGGAUGGCACCAGCGAUGAUGGUCAAAUGGAUGUAGACCCAGAUGAUGAGGUUGUUGGAGCAAGGGGAACUGUAAAUCGGACUAAUCGACCGAGAACCGACCUGAGCCAGGUCCCAAAGGUCACCGAUGAAGCCGGUGACCAAAUCAUGAAUGCUUUUAUUGGCUUUCUAGAAAAGUAAAUUCAGUCUGCCUACUCCUGUACUUCGUUCGCAUUAACUCACAUCGCUAUAGUUUUAUCGAAGAUCCGGAUAACCCGCCACCACCUCCGUCAUCUGCUGCGGUGGCCGCCCCGCCCACCACCGACAAAUACUACAUUGCUGCCAUUCAUAGCAUGGCAGUCACCGAGUCAAGUACGCUGUUCGUUGAUUAUGCACAUUUAACAUACUGGAGCAACACACAUGUGAAAGGGUUUGCCGAAGCAAUAACAGAGAGGCAUUACCGUUUCUUGCCCUUUUUGAAGAGAGGAUUAGAGACUUGUAUUAGACGAUAUGAACCUGAGUAUUGGGGGAAGGCCGGGAAAGGUGGUCAAUCCGAGAAUGUAGGUUCAUAUCGAUUACCUGUCACCAGAAUAGUUCCUCUCUUUGCAUCAUUCUACCGUUCCACCACCUUUUGCCAUUGUGUUUGAUGAAUAAAGAUCCCCCGCUAAGUUUGUAUACGUAGGUUAACCACACUACCGACAAAAUAUUCUCUCUGGGAAUCUUCAAUCUUCCGCUUACUACUCGCAUCCGUUCUCUACGCACCCUUCAAAUUGGUACUCUAACCUCCAUAUCAGCGACCGUCACUCGUACCUCCGAAGUCCGUCCCGAACUGCUGCUGGCUACAUUCACUUGCGAAGCUUGCCGUACUGAAAUACCCGGUAUUGAGCAAACAUUUCGGUAUACGGAACCCACACAGUGCCCCAAUCUUACCUGCGGUAACCGCGUCAGCUGGAGAUUGGAAAUUAAGCGGUCAUCUUUUGUAGAUUGGCAAAAGGUCCGUGUGCAGGAGAAUUCUGGUGAAAUCCCUACGGGGAGCAUGCCGAGGACUCUCGACAUCAUAUUAAGAGGCGAAAUCGUAGAGAGAGCAAAAGCUGGGGAGAAAUGUAUCUUUACUGGGACAUUAAUCGUGGUCCCUGAUGUCAGCAUGUUGGGAUUGCCGGGGUUGAAAGCACAGAGUAUGAAGGACAUGAAGAAUGCUCCACGAGGCGGAGCAGAAAGCACAGGUGUUACGGGAUUAAAGAGUCUGGGUGUAAGAGAUCUAACUUACCGAUUGGCUUUUCUCGCCUGCAUGGUCACGAGCGAUACAAGUGGGGUUCCUGGCGCGGGGUUGCGAAAGAGUGUAGAGGAAGAAGAGGUACAAGGCCUUCUGAGAGGCACUCAGGCAGAAAUGGGUGACGAUGAGCGAGAGCAAGAGGACUUCCUAAACUCGCUAACACAAGCCGAAAUCGCAGAACUCAAGAGCAUGGUCCACAGUGACCAUAUCUACUCACGUCUGGUCAACUCAAUAGCCCCCACUGUUUACGGCCACGAAAUCAUCAAAAAAGGGAUCCUACUUCAGCUCAUGGGGGGUGUUCAUAAGGUGACUCCAGAAGGCAUGAGUCUUCGCGGAGACAUUAAUAUUUGUAUUGUGGGCGAUCCCAGCACCAGCAAGUCCCAGUUCCUGAAAUAUGUUUGCUCCUUUCUCCCGCGUGCCGUAUACACCUCCGGCAAAGCUUCUUCGGCAGCCGGUCUCACAGCAGCAGUCGUCAAGGAUGAAGAAACCGGUGAAUUUACCAUCGAAGCUGGUGCAUUGAUGUUGGCGGACAACGGUAUUUGUGCUAUCGAUGAAUUCGACAAAAUGGAUAUUGCGGACCAGGUAGCAAUUCACGAAGCCAUGGAACAGCAGACAAUUUCUAUAGCAAAAGCUGGUAUCCAGGCCACUCUCAAUGCUCGAACAUCCAUCCUUGCAGCAGCGAACCCUGUAGGAGGCCGGUACAACCGGAAGACCACCCUCCGGUCCAAUAUUAACAUGUCUGCGCCUAUCAUGUCCCGUUUCGAUCUCUUCUUUGUCGUCCUUGACGAGUGCAACGAAGCGAUCGAUACCCACCUGGCCCGACACAUUGUAGGGCUCCAUCGUAACAGAGAUGCGGCCAUCACCCCAGAGUUUACCACGGAGCAGCUACAGCGAUAUAUCAAAUUCGCCCGAACUUUCCGCCCCGUAUUCACAGAGGAAGCCCGCACGCUUCUUGUUCAGAAAUAUAAGGAGCUGCGCGCGGACGAUGCUCAAGGCGGCGUUGGGAGAAAUAGUUACCGAAUCACUGUCCGUCAGCUCGAAUCUCUCAUUCGUCUUUCUGAGGCUAUCGCCAAGGCCAAUUGUGUAGAAGAUGUCACAGAAGGUUUCGUAAACGAGGCUUUUGGUCUUCUCCGGCAAUCCAUCAUUCACGUGGAGAAGGACGACGUCGAGGUCGAUGACGAGGCGGAUGAAGAGAUGCAGGAAGAUAUGGAUCAAGAAAGCCGCGAACCUACUGCCGCAGUCUCCACCCCGGGCAUGUCCAGUAGCCAACCGCUUCGGGAGAAGACGACCAUUACAUACGACCGAUACAUGCAGAUUCUCAACCUUAUUGUACGUCGCAUCAAUGACGAUGAAAUGACAACCGGACAGGGUGUUGAGGAAGAGGAGCUUAAGACAUGGUAUCUUGAGAUGAGGGAAGAGGAAAUCAACACUGAGGAGGAACUCGAGGAGGAGAAGGCGCUUAUCGGCAAGGUUCUUAAGCGCAUGGUCAAGGUUUGUUACUCCCCGUUUCUUAGACGAAGUCAAAAGUUAAUGUUUACAUAGGACAACAUCUUGAUGCAAAUCCGCGGAGAGGGAUUAGUUGGUGAGGCAGCAGAAGGAAGCAGCGCGGAGGCCGGGAGGACGGUAUUUGUACUGCAUCCCAAUGUGGCGCUGGAGGAGCUGGGAGCCACUACAACCCCCGCACCUUCUUAGAUUAUGAUUGUUCACAUUUGUGGUGAUUGGGGAUGAAUCAUGUCUAUUCCCCCUUAUUCCCUUAUUUUUCCUAUAUUAAAAUCACACCAUAGUCCCUGGCAGCUCAAAGUCCUCCUAAGUGCUUAUCCAUACAUUCGUUAUCUACUUGCAAGACGAUGCCCGAUUAAAUGGACUCAACCGCACUUAGAGCUGUACUUUAAGUAGAUAAAACCUAAGAGGGAUGUGCUAGGACACCGUAAUCGCCUCUUAUGGUAAGGCACUGUGUAUUUAUUCUUUCUUCUCCUAUAUCAACCAAGGGUUGAGUUUAGGGUAAUUUCUCUACACCAGAAGGGGAUUUCAGC